UUGACUGAAGAGGCUACUACAAUCAAUGGCUUGGCUUUGAAAUCGUUAACAUUUUAUUGGAAAGGAGUGUGAGAGACAGAGGGAGAGGGAGAGCGAGGGAACAAGAGAGUGCGCACGAGUGAGAGAGGGGAGAGAGAGAGGUGUAAAUAAAGAUUAUUUCAACAAUGGAACUUACAAUGGAAAACAUUGGAAAUCUGCACGGCGUAUCUCAUUCUCAUCAAACGGCUGACUUAAUGAACUCUCCGCACCACGCACGGCAGUCCUUGGCGUCGCAUCGGAACUUGGUGUCGCACGGACGGUCAGCCAUGGUGUCCAGUAUGGCCUCAAUAUUAGAGGGAGCUGGGGAGUAUCGCACAGACCAUGCAUUGUCCGGUCCCUUGCACCCCGCCAUGACUAUGUCCUGCGACUCCGGGAUGACCAUGAGCAGUACUUACACUACGCUGACACCGCUGCAGCACCUGCCUCCCAUAGCCACCGUCUCGGAUAAAUUUCACCAUCAUCCUCACCCGCACGCUCACCACCAUCCGGCCCAUCAGCGUCUCACCACCGGUAACGUCAGCGGCAGCUUCACGCUCAUGCGGGACGACAGGAGCCUUGCCUCAAUGAGCAACCUCUACGGCCACUACCCUAAAGACAUGUCCGGCAUGGGCCAGCCACUGUCCCCUCUCUCCAACGGCCUCGGGUCUUUGCACAACUCGCAGCAGACUCUUGGUGCCUAUGGUCAGGGAGCCCACCUCUCUAACGACAAGAUGCUCUCUUCGGGAGGCUUCGAGUCUCACGCUGCGAUGCUGUCCCGGAGCGAGGAACAUCUGGCCCGGGGAUUUGGGGGCCACGGGGCCGGGAUCAUGUCAUCCCUGAACGGUAUGCACCAUCACAGCCAUCCGCACUCUCAGGCUAACGGAUCCAUGCUCUCUGACCGGGAGAGGCAGACGGCGGGGGGCGGGCAGGGUGGGUCCGGGCAGGUGGAAGAAAUAAACACCAAGGAGGUUGCACAACGAAUAACGGCGGAACUCAAGCGCUACAGCAUUCCCCAGGCCAUCUUCGCCCAGCGGAUCUUGUGUCGGUCCCAGGGAACCCUGUCUGACCUGCUGAGGAACCCUAAACCCUGGAGUAAACUCAAGUCUGGCCGGGAAACCUUCCGGAGGAUGUGGAAGUGGCUGCAAGAACCGGAGUUCCAGAGAAUGUCGGCACUCAGACUAGCAGCCUGCAAGCGCAAGGAGCAGGAGCAGCACAAAGACUGCAACAUGGCGCCCAAAAAGCAGCGGCUGGUCUUCACAGACCUGCAGCGCCGCACACUCAUCGCCAUCUUCAAAGAGAACAAGCGCCCGUCCAAGGAGAUGCAGAUCACCAUCUCCCAGCAGCUGGGCCUGGAGCUCAACACCGUCAGCAACUUCUUCAUGAAUGCCCGGCGCCGCUGCGUGGAUCGCUGGCACGACGAACACGGCACCAGCCCCGGCCAGCCGGGCACCUCGGCCAACACCUUCUCCAAAGCCUGAGAGGCCCGGGGGGAGCCACAGGGUGGCAUGGGGAUGGGAAGGUAGUACCUCCUGUAGCCCACUCCGUUCCCAAUAACCAUGUUGAUGCCUCAUUCCUUCCAUGCAACCACCUCUUGGUCAGUCGUACCUUUAACCACAACGAUCUGAAAGUCUCACCACUGGACUGUUAUGAAGCAAGUGAAACGUAAAGGUAACAUGUAGUCAGGUCCACACAAGGACAAUCAUCUUUUUUUGAUUGAAUUGGGUUUCUUUUGAUGGUGUCAGUCCAUCUACACUACAGGCACCAUGAUACGUUGCUAUGUUUAAACGAUCGCAACAUCAAGCCUCAGCCAGCCUCCCUAUCCAGGUAGUUGCUGCUGAAUCCCUCCAAGCUCUCCCCUUUGUGUCUGCUAUGAGUCUGCUCAGCCCCAUUCUCUACUCACAUUUCUCAACAAAGACAAAAGAACAUCAAUAAACCUGACAGCACACAGCCCUGUUAUCUAACCCAGUCCUGUGCGCAAGACCAUCCUAGAGAAAACAACACAACCCCAUGAAAAAACAAAAGCUCGACCAGUCUUCUCCUCCCUCUCUCCACUCCUUCUUUGCCAAAGGUAUUCCCUGAUGGCCAGCCAUUUCAGCGAGCCACUCGGAUCAUACGCCGGCAAACUAAUGAAUUGAAAAAUGAAUCGAUGCAGACAGGGAGAGGGAGCAGGGCCUUGACCCUUCCUGAAGGUGAAACAGAAGACGCUUGGCAGUAAAGAUACUCAGGUCUGCCCGGCUGCCCAGGUCUAUAUUUUUGCACAGAUGUUGGAGGCCUGCAGGGAGACUGUCGUUGCUUUGGAGAAGCAGAAGCGUCUGUGUUUGUGACCAUCGGGGAGGAGAUAUGUCUGGACAUGCUCUUUGUUCAGGAGGGAGCUGCUUUUCACUGAUCAAUACAGAAACCAAGCGACAACACGGCCAGGCAGGCGUCCAGCCAACUGUAUUACAGCUGCUGCAGAAAAGAAUGUAAGAAGAGCACAUAGGGAACUCAAUGGAGGUGGCGACACAAUGGCCUCACCCGGCAGCAGCGUCCAGUCUACUCUGCACUGAAGGUGCCCUAGUGCCCCCUGCUGGUUAUAGGAGAAGCUGCAGACCGCAGUCCUCUUAGGAGAAGCUUCUCAGUGUGUUCCAGGGCUGGGGAGAGAGAGGCCAUGGCACAACAUUUUCAGGCCCUCGCACCUCUCUGAUGGCAGAUCAAUAGAGAGCCAUUAUCCUAUUGUUGUUCCUCAUCCAACAAGGACUGGUGAAGUAGGAGGAGGGGAUGGUUCAACCAGCCACCUAUACACUGGGAAAAAGAAGAGGCAGGUUUUUAGUAAACACUCCAAAUUCGUUACCUUAAUAACACUCACCAAGCAAAUAGAUUACCUUGUGUCACAACAUACACGUCAGGUUAUUGAAAAGAUACACUCAGAAACACAUACAGUUGAUACAGAGAUAUGUCUCAGUUUAAUUUAGUGGACAGAGGGGUAAUGAUGGAUGCAGAAACAUUUGAGGUGCUACGGAGAUUUAGUAUUACAUCAUCGUUUACGCAAAAAUGGUGGGGAGGCUUCCUGUUUUGAAACUGAAUGACACACAGUUUAGAUGCAUCCGUCUUUUACCAAAAAUAGGGAUGAGCAGAUUUGGAAAAGAGCCAAUCUUCCACUUGAUAUUCCCACCCAAUGGUUAUUGUCUGUGGCAUGCCGCGACAUACUACAGUCACAAAUGCUACAAGAACUAGUGCCAAUGCUAACUGCCUUAAUGAUAAUCAGAGAAUAUGGCAUUGCAUUCACAUACAGCUACAGUGUGCCCUACUCCUACUGAUGGGCAGUAUGUGCCAUAGCAACCCACAAUAAACUUUUAAGUGAAUUAGAAUCUGCUUUUUUUAGAAAACAAAAAAAUAUACCCGAUUUUAUUAAAGCAUACAAUACCAAACCUCAAAACUACAAAGAUACCACAAUAUGUUACAAAGAAAAUACACCGACACAUACAGGACACAUUUUGAAACAGAGGAAAAUCUCUCUCGCUUUCAUUCUAUCUUUGGUUAUCUACCUCCUCUUCCCCUACCCCCUCUUUUCCCUCUCUUUCUUUCUUACACUCUAUAAUAUUGAUGCGGGUAAUUAGUACCAUAGACACAAAGUUUAUAUUUCUUGUUACUUUUGUGCUCUGUCGUGCAUAAGUAAGGCACCUUGUUGAUAAAUAAAAAAAAGACAAAUGUAAGGACUUUUUAAAAGAAGAGAAAAAGAUGGAUGCAAGGACCGAGACCAAUGAAGGACAUCUUUUUUUGCAUUAUAUGUGAGUAUUGACAAGGAGGAGAUAUCUCCCAAGAGAAGGAGAAACCAGAGAGAUGGACGAUGUAUUCUUUCAUGGCGUUUCAUGUCGGGCUGCGGUCCGUACAUCAGCACCCCUUUAAUCUGAGCCUCAAAACUGGCUGUGGAAAGGGGACGCAGCAUGACCUCCAUACGUCCUUUCUA